AUGAUUUUAAAAUUUGAAACUCAUUUUAAUUUCAUAAGAUAUCUAGUAAAAUGCCUUCAUGGUGACCUUAAUCUGCAGUCGGGAUCAUUAAAUUAUAUUCACUGUGUGUUGAUAACAUCACAGGAUAGAUAGCUAUUGUUGUUUUGGAACAAUUAACUGAUCCCGUCUGGAGAUGAAGAUAGAGUUCUAAAACAUCAAAGUCAAAGUUUAAGAUUUAUAUCACAUCUAUUGCGUAUUGUUGGCUGGGGAUAAUUUAAUACUGAACUGACCAAUGAAAGGGAAGGGGACCACCCCUCACCUCAAGAGUGCCACUGGACUUUUAGAACAGUUGAGCUUAAGCUUUCAUCGUAUGUACAUUAUUUGAAUGCUCUACUUAGACAAUAAAAUUCUGUAACCAUCCAAAGAUUUAUGUUGGUUAUAAUUAUAUUUAUGCCUUUGACUUAAUUUUUCAGGUGUACCUAACUGGUAUAUUAUUCUUCAGCAAAGACCUAUGGUACCGUAUCUGGUAUAAUAUGGAUACAAUAGUGUGAAAUGGAUAUCUACCAUGACCUGGGUACAGUAUGACUUGGACACUUGGUUUUAUAUGAAUAUAGAUUGUGACGUCAUGGAUUAUAUCCGGUAUGACACGGAUACAGUGAUUUGUACUGUGAAGACCUUUCAGACACAGUGAUGGCAUCGUAUCCACAGGAUGUGCCGCCACCCCCACCACUACCAAGACACACCCACCACGCCUUCUUUGCUCACCAUGAAGAUGAAGAAUCCUUCCUCCGGUGUGUCCUCUCCAUCCUCACAGCCCUGGGGUACAAGCACGUCCGCACCGGUCAGUGUCGAGCAGGGGCCAACAGGUUUUCCUUCUGCACGGACUCUAUUUUCAGUGCCAAACAUGCGGUGGUUUGUUUGAGUCCUCAGUACCUCGGGGACAGAUACUGUCGUUACCAGACAGACCAAGUCCUGUAUAUAAAGGGUGCCAACAGAGUGAUAUGUGCUCAGUUGAGGCCUUGUAGAAUACCAAGGGAGCUACGACGUUGCUAUGUGCUUCCUGGGAAGGAUGUGACCAGCGCUGUGAAGGCUUUGAUUAGAUGUCUGGCUAACCCAAGAUUUAUAAGGAGGAGACGAGGGAUGGGAUGCCUUUCAAAUGUCUAUGGUGGGAUGAAGGUUUUGGCCAAGGUGCUUUGCUGUAAGUACCAGAAGAAGGCCAGACAGGCACUGGCAGAGAAGUAUUCCAUACAAAGACAGUACCAGAAGGGGGCCAACACCCCCGUACGGUGUGCCAACCACCCCUGUUCCCACACCUGUAAGGCCAAGGAGAUUUGUUUUCACCUGAGGCAGUGUCCUUAUCAGCUGGUCAAAUGCCCUGGUGCCCAUUGCCCAGUACAGGUGCAGCGGCACAAUCUGGGCAGUCACAUCAACAAAUGUCCAUUCUCAGCCUCGCUCAGUGGAAAUGGGACUAGAAACAGAUGUAAUUUGCAAGAAACUGCCGUUGUAAAAGCGAAAAGAUCCAGCUUUCAGUGCGGAGUCUCUGGAGCCACUUUUAGACAGGUUCUCAAACGCAAGAGGAAAAUUCCGAAUGUUAGUAGGUUCAGGCAUAUUCAGAAGGUGCCAUGUAUUAUCGCAGAACACAUCAAGGCCAUUGCCAUGGCAAUACGGUCUAUAGCUGAAAGAGCUUUGAACAUAGAUAAUAAUGAGAAGAGCUCUGAUUGCCUGAGUGACAGUUUAUAUGAGAUAACAACGAGAAACUUGACAUUUUCUCCAACCCUCUGUCCUAAUCCACACUGUGGGGAGAUUGUCCAGAAGUCCCAGUUACCGCAUCACCUGACCUCUUGCCGUUUCACCCCCCUCCCUUGUCCUUUUGAUGGGUGCAUUUUCAAACAGGAGCAUCUUCGGCGUAAUGAACUUGUUGAACAUGUGCGUGUGUGCAGUUGUGCAGAUGUGCAGUGCGCAUGCGGAGCCUUGGUGCCGAAGUUGGAAUUUAUGCGUCAUCACGAGGCUGUCUGUCCUGCUAGAAAUGUGAAGUGUGUGCUGUGUAAGAAGAUGGUAGACAGACUUGAACUGGGUCACCACAGGAGAGACAAAUGUCACCAGCGUCUGGCACUGUGUCCAUACUGUGGUCAGUUGCUGACCGUGGCAAAGUAUGUGUCCCACCUGGCAGAGGAACAUCUUUAUGAUGAUGACACGGACACAGAAAAGGAAACCCAGGAAAUAACUACGUCCACUGCUCACAGUGCAAAUGUUAUUUCCCCUAAGCAAAAUCAUUGGACCACAGAUCAACAGCAGUGCAUACAGCCACCUGUCGUUAACAGUGGGUGCAAAGUUCAAGAUGAAUCUGAGGAUGCCACGUGGGAAGAACUCGUCCAGCUCACAACACAUCCAAACCUGUCAAAUGUUCGUCACCUUCGUCAAGAUUCCGCAGGGAAAAACAAGAUUCCACAUGACACAAUGAAAAACAUAUUGGGUGUUCCUAAAAAUGUGCAUCAGUUCUCCAAGUCAGGGGACCCUAAUGAGGAAACAGCAGCUGGAUUUCAAGAGGGUACCUGUCUAUGUGACCCGAUGGGCUCUUCAAAAUUUGUGCCAGAAUUUGAGGGGUGUAAGUCUGUCGGAAAUGCACCAGGUGUUCCUGGUAACUCUGCCACAAUUUCAAAGGGCACCACACAGGGAAGGGAGAACAGUGAGAGAGAUGUUCUUGGUGUUAGAGGUGUGGGUGUCACAGAAACGGUGGGCAAGGAACCUCAAGAUGUGGACUGCGAGGCACACUGUGGUGCCAUACCAGAAGAUAGUACAGAACCACAGUUUGGUGAGUGUCGGCUUGCUCCAGACCCGGAGUCAUCCUACAAGGCCAACGUUCAUGUUGAGAAAGCAAGACAGACUUCUUCGGCUGGGGCCAAGACAAGCUUUCCAAAUGGCACAGUGUUCACAGGGGCCAGGUCACACAGCAACAUGUCAAUUAUAGACACAAGUAGAAGUGAUGGUGAGACUGCCACAGGGACCAAGACAAAAUGCAGUAAAGCUGGGACAGGGGCUCAUAUAUUAGACAGCGAGCAUGGCUUAGCAAGUGAGACCAAUCAAAUUGAAAUAAAAGCCCCAGACUUAGACAAAAAAUUAUCUAUGCAGGUCAGAGAUGCAUACGGGAGAACUUCUCCAGAGAAAAUAAAAGGCAAAACAAAUGGUGGAAAUUUAACAGUGGAAGUUGUUGAAUCAGAGCAAGCAAGUAAAAGUAGUACCUCAGCAACUGAGCUCAGUUGGAGGCAAAGUGGAAGCUACACAAUAAUAGGUGAAGUUAGAAUGGACAAUAAGAGUUGUCAGUUGGACUUGAGUGAAAGUGAAGUUGACAGUGAUUAUCACGCUGAGGUCACAAAUUUCAACUGUGCAGAAGGUGAAGUUGCGAUGGUUUUAAAGCGUAAAAUUUUGUCAGCCAUGAAGAACCAAAAGAGCUGGAGCUUUAACACCAGCGAUGACUAUGUGACGAAGAAUGUCCGAGAGGUUUCAGAUCAUCUGCCAGCUGCUUCAGAUGGUUACAAUGAAUUAGACCCUUGUUGUAGGAAAGAGACUGAGUCUAAUCAUGAUUUGUCCAGUGGAGACAAGGGUUUCGACCAAGAAGAGGAAUUUGUUCUUGUAAGUCCCGAGGAUUUAUCAGAUUUCCCAGUAGGUGCUGAUGUGCUCUGUACCUGGUCGGAGCGAGGAAACAGCAUAACCAGGCCAAAGAAUUGCUUCUUGAAACUUUUUGGUAGAAAAAAUAAGGAAACAAAAGCAAGAAGUCAGAGCUGCCCUGUCAAGAACAAAGAACCAGUUCACGUCGAGUCCCCAAGAAAGUUUCAAGGAUUUAAAAGUCUUUUCCGAGGAAAUCUUUGCCCAUUCAGUUUAAAAGACACCAUCGACCACCUGUAUGAAAAGAGCUACCUGACCUUGAAAGAAAAAAAGAAGUUUGAAACACAUGCCAAAAAAGUCAAAACCUUGCUCUGCCCACUGGACGAAGCCCUGUACCGUUCAAUAGAGUACCACAAUCCUGAUUUAUUCGGUGUGGUCCAAGAUGUCAUCAAGGCUUUUCAGGCUGGGAACCUGGAUAGAAAUAUCACCUUUUUUGAACACGUGUGUGAGCGUUAUGCAGUGAUUUUCAAGCGCAGGCAGAAGCAGAGGAAAGAUGGCGGUCAGUUAACUUUUUCGUCAAAUUUCUCAUCACAGCAGUCAUGUCAUGAAAAAGCCUCUCGAAAAGUUGCAGAUGAGGUGCUUCCCCCAGGUGUGGCAGAGUACUUGUUUCUGAAAUAAAAAACUUUAAGCAUGGUCAGUAAACAGGAUGGAGACAAGAUAAAAUUCUUCCCUACCCAAGUUCUUGUUCUGAGGAGAGAGUCAGCUUGUAACAAAUAUGGCUGCUUAAUUUUUAUCAUGCAAAUCAAAGGCUGUUUUUUUUUAUUGUUGUCAUUUUUUCAAACUUCAUGUAAUUGUUGAUAUUUUAGAUGUUUUAACACUUGAAAAGUGUUUGGUGAUUAAUAAUUACCUCUCCCAAGGAGCUUAUGUUUGUUGUUCCAUUUGUCUGUCUGUAAUCAACAUUAUGGAAAUAGUUAUGUAAGGAUUUUGUUGAAAGUUUCUGAAACUUGGAAAUGUACAAGUAGCAAAGAUUUAGAAACUGGUGGUGAUCUACACACCGAUUAAUUAGUCAGUUAAUAAAAAUGAGAAUUGAGCUUCCUUGGCGGAGGCCAACAUUCUCCAGGUGCUUUUCUAGUUGAUUUUUAUAUUAUUGAAGAUAUUAUGAAUGCUACACGUAAACAUUUUAUAAACCAUUUUAAAAACCCAGUCAAAGUUCUUGUAUUUGAUUUUUGAAGGUUAUGGUAGUGUUAGAUUUUUUUUUAAAUUAUUAUAUUAAGUUGGGGUCAGUACUGAUAGUGCCUGGUGAGGAGUUUGUACCUCUUCCUUUUUAAAAACUCAUCUUGUUGUUUAGUAAUAGUAAUUAGUAAUAGGUUGGAUCUCAUAAUUUUUGUUAUUAUUUGUCAAAUUUUUUAAUCUAAGCAAAAUGCAAAUGAGAAAAAUAUGUUUAUUGAUAAAUAUAAAAAGCUGUAUGGAAUUAAGAUGGAAAACUUGCAUAUGUCUUUACAUAUAUAUAUAUAUAGAGAGAGAGAGAGAGAGAGACGGAGACGUAGUAGUGAAGUACAGUUUGUGAUUUACAAAGGGGUUAAAAUCCUAAGACAUAAAUAUGGUGAGUCUGUUGGUAAUUUUGACAUUCUGUCUCUUUAACAGACAGUAUUCUUAAAAUGAUAUUUGCACUAACUGCAUAUCUUGAUUUCUUCACCCCAGUUGUGUUCAUGAAGUAUAGCACAGGUACUGUCCUAGGCCCCCUUUAUUUACUCUGGAUGACGUCCUUUCUCGCUUCGUAGUACGGCCCCGUUU